AGUCUCUUCAAUUCUUUCACUGUAUUAAGACGGCCUGCCCUCUGGCACGUUUUCUGAAACGAAAGCGGCUUGGGACAGACUGACUCCCUUCACCAGGGAGCCCCGACCCCGAGGGCGCGCCCUGAGCGUCUGAGCGCAGCCCCGCUGCGUCCCCAGUUGUAUCCCCCGCCACGCCCGCCUCUUCCGCCGCUCGCGCGCGCGCGCACGGCCGGCCACGGCGCGCCGGGGUUGGCUGCUACAGGGACCGCGGCGGCGGCGGCGGCGGCGGCGGCCUCGACAGCGGUGGUGCUUUCUACUCCGCUUUUUUAGUUUCCUCCGCCCCCUCCCGUGGGACGCUGUUGUGUGGUUGCCUUAAAAAAAAAACGCAACUUUAUUGUUCCUCAGCCCCACCUCUGGCUCGGCGGGCGUCCUCAGGAUGCACUGAGGCUGAGGGGAGGGGAGGCGGCGGAGGGUCGAGGUCGCGGUCCCUCUCCUCCGAGCGCCCGGCUGGAGGGGAGGGAGUCACGAUGUCUGGUAGCCGCCAGGCCGGGUCGGGCUCCGCUGGGACAAGCCCUGGCUCCUCGGCGGCCUCCUCGGUGACUUCCGCCUCCUCGUCUUUAUCCUCUUCCCCGUCGCCGCCUUCCGUGGCGGUUUCGGCGGCAGCGCUGGUGUCCGGCGGGGUGGCCCAGGCCGCCGGCUCGGGCGGCCUCGGGGGCCCGGUGCGGCCUGUGUUGGUGGCGCCCGCCGUAUCGGGCAGCGGCGGCGGGGCGGUGUCCACGGGCCUGUCCCGGCACAGCUGCGCGGCCAGGCCCAGCGCCGGCGUAGGAGGCAGCAGCUCCAGCCUAGGCAGCGGCAGCAGGAAGCGACCUCUGCUCGCCCCCCUCUGCAACGGGCUCAUCAACUCCUACGAAGACAAAAGCAACGACUUCGUAUGCCCCAUCUGCUUUGAUAUGAUUGAAGAAGCAUACAUGACAAAAUGUGGCCACAGCUUUUGCUACAAGUGUAUUCAUCAGAGUUUGGAGGACAAUAAUAGAUGUCCCAAGUGUAACUAUGUUGUGGACAAUAUUGACCAUCUGUAUCCUAAUUUCUUGGUGAAUGAACUCAUUCUUAAACAGAAGCAAAGAUUUGAGGAAAAGAGGUUCAAAUUGGACCACUCAGUGAGUAGCACCAAUGGCCACAGGUGGCAGAUAUUUCAAGAUUGGUUGGGAACUGACCAAGAUAACCUUGAUUUGGCCAAUGUCAAUCUUAUGUUGGAGUUACUAGUGCAGAAGAAGAAACAACUGGAAGCAGAAUCACAUGCAGCCCAACUACAGAUUCUUAUGGAAUUCCUCAAGGUUGCGAGAAGAAAUAAGAGAGAGCAACUGGAACAGAUCCAGAAGGAGCUAAGUGUUUUGGAAGAGGAUAUUAAGAGAGUGGAAGAAAUGAGUGGCUUAUACUCUCCUGUCAGUGAGGAUAGCACAGUGCCUCAAUUUGAAGCUCCUUCUCCAUCACACAGUAGUAUUAUUGAUUCCACAGAAUACAGCCAACCUCCAGGUUUCAGUGGCAGUUCUCAGACAAAGAAACAGCCUUGGUAUAACAGCACAUUAGCAUCAAGACGAAAACGACUUACUGCUCAUUUUGAAGACUUGGAGCAGUGUUACUUUUCUACAAGGAUGUCUCGUAUCUCAGAUGACAGUCGAACUGCAAGCCAGUUGGAUGAAUUUCAGGAAUGCUUGUCCAAGUUUACUCGAUAUAAUUCAGUACGACCUUUAGCCACAUUGUCAUAUGCUAGUGAUCUCUAUAAUGGUUCCAGUAUAGUCUCUAGUAUUGAAUUUGACCGGGAUUGUGACUAUUUUGCGAUUGCUGGGGUUACAAAGAAGAUUAAAGUCUAUGAAUAUGACACUGUCAUCCAGGAUGCAGUGGAUAUUCAUUACCCUGAGAAUGAAAUGACCUGCAAUUCGAAAAUCAGCUGUAUCAGUUGGAGUAGUUACCAUAAGAACCUGUUAGCUAGCAGUGAUUAUGAAGGCACUGUUAUUUUAUGGGAUGGAUUCACAGGACAGAGGUCAAAGGUCUAUCAGGAGCAUGAGAAGAGGUGUUGGAGUGUUGACUUUAAUUUGAUGGAUCCUAAACUCUUGGCUUCAGGUUCUGAUGAUGCAAAAGUGAAGCUGUGGUCUACCAAUCUAGACAACUCAGUGGCAAGCAUUGAGGCAAAGGCUAAUGUGUGCUGUGUUAAAUUCAGCCCCUCUUCCAGAUACCAUUUGGCUUUCGGCUGUGCAGAUCACUGUGUCCACUACUAUGAUCUUCGUAACACUAAACAGCCAAUCAUGGUAUUCAAAGGACACCGUAAAGCAGUCUCUUAUGCAAAGUUUGUGAGUGGUGAGGAAAUUGUCUCUGCCUCAACAGACAGUCAGCUAAAACUGUGGAAUGUAGGGAAACCAUACUGCCUACGUUCCUUCAAGGGUCAUAUCAAUGAAAAAAACUUUGUAGGCCUGGCUUCCAAUGGAGAUUAUAUAGCUUGUGGAAGUGAGAAUAACUCUCUCUACCUGUACUAUAAAGGACUUUCUAAGACUUUGCUAACUUUUAAGUUUGAUACAGUCAAAAGUGUUCUGGACAAAGACCGAAAAGAAGAUGAUACAAAUGAAUUUGUUAGUGCUGUGUGCUGGAGGGCACUACCAGAUGGGGAGUCCAAUGUGCUGAUUGCUGCUAACAGUCAGGGUACAAUUAAGGUGCUAGAAUUGGUAUGAAGGGUUAACUCAAGUCAAAUUGUACUUGAUCCUGCUGAAAUACAUCUGCAGCUGACAAUGAGAGAAGAAACAGAAAAUGUCAUGUGAUGUCUCUCCCCAAAGUCAUCAUGGGUUUUGGAUUUGUUUUGAAUAUUUUUUUCUUUUUUUCUUUUUCCUCCUUUAUGACCUUUGGGACAUUGGGAAUACCCAGCCAACUCUCCACCAUCAAUGUAACUCCAUGGACAUUGCUGCUCUUGGUGGUGUUGUUAUCUAAUUUUUGUGAUAGGGAAACAAAUUCUUUUGAAUAAAAAUAAAUAACAAAAAAAAAUAAAAGUUUAUUGAGCCACGCACA